UCCCCCGCGUGCCAACAUGGCGGCGCCCGAGCCCCGCACGGUGCUGGUGCGGGGCCUCCCUCCCGGCGCCACCGCCGCGCUCCUGGAGCGGCUCUUCGGGCACCUGGGGCCGCUCCGCCGCUGCUUCGUGGUCACCGAGAAGGGUUCCCCAAAAUGCCGCGGGUUCGGGUACGUGACCUUCUCGCUGCCCGAGGACGCGGCGCGGGCGCUGCGGGAGCCCCCCGAGUGGGGGGGGCGGCGCCUGGGGGUGACCCCGGCCCGGCCGCGGCCCCGGCCCGAGGGGAAGGGGAAGGAGAAGGGGGAGCCGCCCCCGGGCCCCCCCCGGCCCAAGAAGCCGCGGGGCCCCUCCCGCAAGGCGCGGCUGAUCCUGCGCAACCUCAGCUUCCAGUGCUCCGAAGAUGAGCUCCGGGGUCUCUUUGCCCCCUUCGGCCCCGUCCUGGAGCUGAACCUGCCCCGGAAGCCUGACGGGACCCCGAGGGGCUUCGCCUUCGUCCAGCUCCGGAACCUCCGGGAGGCGGCCGCGGCGCUGGGGGGGCUCAACGGGGCCCAGCUCCGAGGGCGGCCGCUGGCCGUGGACUGGGCCGUGGCCAAGGACAAGUACCAGGAGACACAGGGACCCCCAAAAACGCCCGAGGGGGAGGGGAGAGAGAAGGAAAAAGGGGAAGAGAAAGAAGAAGAGGAAGAAGAAGAGGAGCUUGAAGAAGAGGAGGAAGAUGAAGAGGAAGAAAAAGAAGAGGAGGAUGAAGAGGAAGAAGAGGAGGAGGAAGAAGAAGAGGAAGAAGCUGCUCGGCCUCUCCGGCGGACCCCAAAAGUGGGGUCAGGGGUCAGAGCUGGGCUAGAGCGUGGGAAGAAGAAGAAGGAAGAGGAGGAGGAAGAUGAAGAUGAAGAAAAAGAGGAGGAGGACGAGAAUGAGGAGGAGGAUGAGGAAGAGGAUGAUGAGGAUGGGGAAGAGGAGCCCCCCCGCAAGCGCCGGCAGCGCCCGUCGGACGUGGCCGAGGGCAGGACCGUGUUCAUACGGAACCUCUCGUUUGACACCGAGGAGGAGGAGCUGGAGGAGACCCUGCAGCGGUUCGGGGGGGUCUGCUACGUCCGGCUGGUGCUGCACCCCCACACCGGCACCCCCAAAGGCUCUGCCUUCGCCCAGUUCGAGACCCCCGAGGGGGCCCAGAAGUGCAUCGAGGCUGCCCAGGAGGGGCCUGAGGGCGGGGGGCUGCGAGUGGGGGGGCGGCUGCUGCGCGUGGACCCCGCCCUGAGCCGGGACCAGGCCCGGGGGCUCCAGGGGACCUCCGGGGGGGCCCGGCCCCGAACCGGCACCAGGAACCUGUACCUGGCCCGGGAGGGGGCCAUCCGCCCGGGCUCCCGCGCAGCCGAGGGCGUCAGCGACUCGGACAUGGCCAAGCGGGCGCGGUUCGAGGAGCUGAAGCGGCGGCGGCUGCAGGACCCCAACGUGGGCGUGUCACGGACGCGGCUGUGCCUGCACAACCUCCCCAAGGCGCUGGACUCGGCGCGGCUGCGCGCGCUGCUCAGGGGGCUCCUGCGGGCCCCCGGGGCCACAGCCCCCCUCAUCAAGGAGUGCCGGGUGAUGCGGGAGCUGCGGGGCCAGGGCCAAUCUUUGGGGUUCGCCUUCGUGGAGUUCGGGGAGCACGAGGAGGCCCUGGGGGCCCUGCGGCGCCUCAACAACAACCCUGAGCUCUUCGGGGCCCACAAGCGCCCAAUCGUGGAGUUCGCGCUGGAGGACCGGCGGAAGCUGCGGCUGCGGGAGCAGCGGAUCCAGCGGGGCCUGCUCAAGGCCAAGGCCAAGGCGGCCGCGGGACCCCCGGACCCCCCCCAGGCACCCCCGGCCCCCCCCCCAGGGGCGCCCAGACCCCCCCGCGGGCUCGGGGGGCACCCAGGACCUCCCCCGGCCCCCCCCGGGGACCCCCCCCGGGGCCCCCUGGGCCGGGUUCCGCACGCAGAGCCCGGGCCAGGGGGGGGCUCCGGGCGCCCCCCGCCCCAGGUGCUGGCGCUGCCCUCCCACCGCGGCCCCAAGAUCAGGAAACGGGACAAGGGGAAGGCCCAGCCCCCCCCCAAGCCCCCCAAAGCCCCCAAGGCCUCUCGGCGGCGGGAGAAACUCCGGGCGCCCCCCCCCCAGGGUCAUCAGAGACACGCGUGA